AUGUGCCUAAAGAUGUGUGUGUGUAUGUGUGUAAUUGGUAUGUGUGUGUGUGUACGUGUGUAUGUGAUACAAUCUGGAGCAUUACGUAGGAAUGAAGAGGAAGAUGAAGAAGUCGAUGAAGAAGAAGAUGAUGACGAUGAAGAAGAUGAUGACAAUGAAGAUGAUGACGAUGAAGAAGAUGAUGACGAUGCUGACGAUGAAGAAGAAGAAGAAGAAGAUGAUGAUGAAAAAGAUGAUGAUGACGAUGAAGAAGAGAAAGAAAACAAUGAAGGAGAUGACGAUGAAGAAGAAGAAAAAGGUGAUGAAAAAGAUGAUGAUGACGAUGAAGAAGAGAAAGAAGACAAUGAAGAAGAUGACGAUGAAGAAGAAGAAGAAGAAGGUGAUGAAAAAGAUGAUGAUGACGAUGAAGAAGAGAAAGAAGACAAUGAAGAAGAAAGAGAUGACGAUGAAGAUGAAAACGAUAGUGAUGAUGAUGAUGAGGAGAGCAUGUUCACAAAUUACAUGUUCAGAGUUCUUGUAAUAAAAUAUGAAGAAAAUAAUAAAAUCUUAGAAUUAGUUUUCAUUAAAUGCAAGCAGAUGUUUUAUUUUUAUGAGCAGUACCUACCCCACCACGCUAAGAGUCUGUUUGCUCAGAGAAUUAAAACCAUAAGAACUGCGUAUCGUUAUACUUGUGUUCUCGCUAAUGAUGAUGAUGAAGACGACGAUGAUGGAGAUGGUGAAGACAAAAAUAAGGAUGAUGAUGAAGAUAAAGAAGAUGAUAAAGACGAUCUAAAUGGUGAUGAUGAAGAUGAAGAGCCAGAUGAACAUGAUGAAGAUGACGAAAAUGAUGAUGGGGAUGAAGAAGAAGAUGAUAAAGAUAAUGUAGAUGGAGAUGAUGAAGAGCUUGACGAACAUGAUGAAGAUGAAGAAAAUGAUGAUGAGGAUGAAGAUGAAGAAGUAGAUGACAUUCACGGGGAUGGCAAUGUUGAUAUAAGAAUAAGAAGGAUUAAAACAAAACAUAUUAAUGAAGAUAAUGAUGAUUGA